UGCAUUGACCAAGUGGCGCCGCUGUAAUAAUACAGUGGAAUUGCGCAUUACAAUAAUCUGAUAAAAAAAUAUAUUUUAGCCAAUUAACUCCAUAAAAAAAUAAACACAAAGCAAAUAACUAACGUCAAUUGAUUAAUGAAUCAGUAUGUGUAAUUAGUUAACCCCAGAUUGAAUAUUUAACCAAUACAAUCACUAGUGGCUAGAGAAAGUCAAACGGAUCCAUAAUCACUUGAACUGUCAUCAAAUUAUUACUCAUCACAACAAUUUAUGUGUGUUUUUUUUCAAAUUUAUUAAUUUCGAUAGAGUAUUACAACUCCAGCUCCGCCCAUGUUUCAAGAAAAACAUGGUCAGUUUAGCACGUCAUGACAAUAUAAAUACUCCAACAAGUGGUGCUGUAUUUUUUGAUGGACCAGCAAACAUGGACGAAGAAGAAUACUUACAACCAGUAUUAUCAUCACAAGAUGAAGAAAAAUUUCAACCUCUUGAUACAGGAAUAAUUGCAUCAAUACCUUUGUUAUUUGGAAUUGGCCUUGAAAUAAUUGGUAUAAUAUUUAUAUCACUUUGGCCAGAAGAACAUAACAAAUGUAACACAUAUUUUAUAUUUUUAUAUUUGCAUUGUUUUUACUGGUUAAUAAUAAUGAUAACUGGUCAUAUUAUUAAAUAUAAACAUCAUAAAUUACGUAUUUGUGGAUAUUUGGAUUUUUAUCAAUCAACUUAUCAACAUAUUAGAACUCCACUAUUUGCAUCAUCAUUGUGGAAUACAUUUUAUCUAUUACUUGCUGCAAUACUUCAUCAUACACAUAAAAUUAAUUAUGAUGAAUAUUGUCUUAAAUCAGAAUUAUUAACACCAGUUAAUUAUAUUUUAUUAUUGACAACAUUGGAACUUAUGGUUAUUGUUCCUGUUUACAUAAACUACAUAAAACGUGUUAGACGAUUUAAUCGAAUGAAACCACCAGCUGAUGUCACGAGAGAAGAAUGGUUGUCAUCAUUUACUCAUGAUUCAUAUGCUGGUAAUAAUGAAAUUGGUUAUCAUCAAAAAGACUCAAAUUUAACUGAAUUAUUGGAAAAACAAGCUGACUUAAUUAGGUAUCUUAGAGAUCAUAAUGUUAAAUUGAGCCAUCGAAUGAUGCAUUUGGCAUCACAAAGACGUGCUGAAGUGUAAGUCAAUGUAUUUUAAUUUUAGACUAAGUUGCCAUGUUUCUGAGCACUUUAAAAUUAAUACACAUAAAAUUAUAGAAAAACAAAACUCAAACAAAUGUCAAUAUUUAUUGAAACUUGUAAUUGUAUUAAUUUAUUUUUUAAUUACCAUAUAUUGAUCUGUUAAUUUUCUAUAAAAUAUACAAGUUCUAAUUAAAUGAAUAAAUAAUAAUCAAUAUAAUUUAUAAAUUAUCAAAUUAAUUUUAAAAAAUAUUUAAUUGAAAAGCCAAAAAAAAAUAAAAAUAAAUUUGUAUAAUAAAUUUUUGAUUUUCAAUUAUAAUUUAAAAUUUAAAAAAAAAAAUAUAUAGGUAAUAGGUUACUGUGAUAAAUUAAAACGAAGAUUUAAAUUAAUUUUUUUUUUUUUUUUUUGAUACUUGUCCACAUGUAGCUUUGUUGUACAAGUUUUAAUCACAAAUUUCAAAUAAUUUAAAAUAUUAUUCUUUAUUUAUUUGAUAAUCAAACGAUUAGAUUUUUUUUAUAUAUAUCCAACUUAUUAAUAAAAAAUUAUAUGCAAUAAAUAAAUGAUUAAAAUAUAUGUUAUAUCAUGCUUUAUUAAUUAACCAAUGUUUAUAAUUUAUUUUAUAUAUAUAUUAAAUAAAACUGUCUCUUUUUCUAAAAUAAAAUAACAAAAACAUUCGAUGUUUUGAAAUUUGUAAU